CUGAAGGAAAACCGUUCGCCGCCAUGUACGCCGCCACCUCCUCCUCCUCUUCUCCGCCGCCGCCGCCGCCGCCACUCCUGUCCCCCCCGCGGCGGGACUUCAUCUCGGUCACGCUCAGCGGCGGCCAGUUCCAGGCGGGCGGCGGCGGCGGCGGCUACAACAACAGCAAGGCCUGGCGGAGGCGUUCCUGCUGGCGGAAAUGGAAGCAACUGUCCCGCCUCCAGCGGAGCAUCAUCCUCUUCCUCUUUGCCUUCCUGGUGGUCUGUGGGAUCAGGACGUACGCCAAUAUGGCCGACCCCUGGAAAAGUGAGACCAGCCGAUCUUUGGAGGAGCAGAAGGCGGACCUGGAGAUCCCUGGAUUGAAUCCAGCAAAUCAGGCCAUUCUCCCGAUCCCCCAGAAAGCCGAUGCCAAUCUCAGGGACCUUUCACCUCAAAAACCUCUGAAACAGGUUCCUGUCCGUCGAGGGCCUCCGAACCUGCAGAUCCGGCCACCUUGGCGGGAGACGGAGGCCAGGUCCCAAGAAGCGGAGGGGAAACCUGGCCAGGCAGCUCAGGUGGAGAACCCGGAGAAGCCCGUCAUUAGCUGGAGGGGAGCCGUGAUUGAGCCCAACCCAAGCCCCGAGCCGCCUUCCAGGAAAACAAACCACCUGGGGAGGCCUUCCGCCGUGGCAUCCGAGGACCAGAAAGAGCCAGGGGCCCUCAAUAAGCGCCAGCUGGCCGUGAUCGAAGCCUUCCGCCACGCCUGGAAAGGCUACAAGGAGUUUGCCUGGGGUCACGACGAGCUGAAGCCCAUCUCCAAGUCCUUCAACGAAUGGUUUGGCCUGGGGCUGACGCUCAUCGACGCGCUGGACACCAUGUGGAUCUUGGGCUUAAAGGCAGAGUUCAAAGAAGCCCGAGAGUGGGUCGCCAAGGAGCUGGACUUCAAGAAGGACGUAGAUGUCAAUCUCUUUGAGAGCGCCAUUCGUAUCCUGGGGGGCCUUCUGAGCACGUACCACUUAUCUGGGGACAGCCUCUUCCUGGAAAAAGCGAACGCGGUGGACAGGGUGAUGAGGCACGUCCACUCCCUCUCCGGCAAGAACGACGGCCUGGUGCCCAUGUUUAUCAACACCAACAGCGGGCAGUUCACCCACCUCGGAGUCUACACCCUGGGGGCUCGAGCGGACAGCUACUACGAGUAUUUGCUCAAGCAGUGGAUCCAGGGAGGGAAGAAGGAAAACGAGCUCCUGGAAGACUAUGUGAAGGCUAUCGAGGGCGUGAAGACGCACCUGCUCCGGAAAUCUUAUCCCAAAAGGCUGAGCUUUGUGGGGGAACUCGCUCACGGCCGUUUCAGUGCGAAAAUGGAUCACCUGGUCUGCUUCUUGCCUGGAGUCCUGGCCCUCGGCGCUCACAACGGGCUCCCUGCAGAUCACCUGACCCUGGCGGCGGAGCUGGCGGAAACCUGCUACCAGAUGUACGCGCAAGUGGAGACCGGACUGAGCCCCGAGAUCGUCCACUUCAACAUGCACCCGCAAAAGGACCGGAAGGACGUGGAGAUCAAGACCGCCGAUAGGCACAACCUCCUGCGUCCCGAGACGGUGGAGAGCCUCUUCUACCUCUAUCGCUUCACCGGCGAUAAGAAGUACCAGGAUUGGGGCUGGGAGAUCUUGCAGAGCUUCAACCAAUACACCCGGGUCCCGACGGGUGGCUACACCUCCAUCGACAACGUCCAGAGCCCCAGCAAUCCGGAGCCCAGGGACAAAAUGGAGAGUUUCUUCCUGGGCGAAACCCUCAAGUACUUUUUCCUGCUCUUCUCGGACGACGUGAACUUGAUCAACCUGGACCAGUACAUCUUCAACACGGAGGCCCACCCGCUCCCCAUCUGGCCGUCGGCAUAAAACCGAAGCCGGGCGUCUGCCGUUCCCAGGUUCGACCCCGUCCCGAUUCCAGGGACCCGAAGGGAGGCGUCUAGCGGCAUUCCUGGUGAAGGGGAGAAUUCCCGGAGGAAUUGUACCUGAGGGAAGGUGGGGAAUCACCGCCCCCCUCUCUGAAAAGGGGCACCCACACAAGGACCGGGCAAGCAGGCCCCUGCCGUGCCAGAUCCGGCCUGGCCUAAGGGGGAGUGCAGGACUCACUUUGGCCCAGGGAGCGCCUCAGAACUAGCAAGGAGGGGACCCCUAUGGAGGCUCCAGCCUUCCUCCAUUGCCUCCGUCCCGUUCAGUAGGAAAGGGUGCCCUUGUUCCCAGGUAUCCCUCCCAGUGUCCCCGGGGCUUCCCAGGAUCAUUCCACGGCCGCAGGUAGGGGUGGGGGAAGGACGAUGCUGUCCAGAGGAGACCCCUCCCCCUCCAAAACAGUGUUCAGUGCUGGCAUCCUGAUCCCCGGGGGCUCUUGGUGUCAUCAGGGGAAGGAAUUUGUGCCCCAUGUGCAAACUGGGGAGGUUGGAUGGGGUGGUAAAUAUAUAUCUAUAUCUAAAUAUAUAUAUAUUUUCUUAACUUAUCUGCAGCAAUGCAGGGAGAAAAAUGUGAACAUUUACAUUAUGAAAAAAAAAAACGGGAGGUUGUCUAUGUAGGAAUUUAUAUGUGCAUAAUAUGAAUAAUGUCUUGGCUCAGGUAUCCUUCCGAAAACUGCUUCCUGCAUGGGGUCCUCUUCCAGCUUGGAGGCCCCAGGGGACUGUUGACCUUCACUUUGCAAGCAUAUUGGGGGGACGGGGGCUAGAGGGCAAGGAAGCAGCGGGUCACAGAGUCCUUAUCCCCAGAGAGGAUUCCUCCCGCUAAGGAUUUCUGCCACGCCUCUUGUGCGUGAAAAGUUCCCCCUGGAAAGUUGGGCUUAAGAACCAAGCAACCUUCCCUCUCUGGCUUUUAACUACCAGCCACAGCGGAAGCUCAUUUGCUCCUGCUUUACACGUUGUUGUUGUGAAUUUUGUGUCUGUCUCCGAGUCAGGACAAGUGCAGCCUGCAGGGUGAGAGGCGAUCUCCCUUUGCCAGGCUCUCUGGCCCUUUCAUCCCCGUCCUUCCUGUCCAUUCCAGCUUUCAUGGCCCUCCCUCUUCCCAGUCGCUCAAUCUCAGCACUUUAAAGUGGGGGCAGAGGGAAGAGUCCUGGGACAAUCUUCCCCGGUUUUGGUGGGACUGUUAUUUUGUGUAUUUGGGGGCCUCCCAAUACAUGCUUGCUGCUGCUCACGGUGCACCAACCGCUUUAAAUCCCGGCCCAGCAGAGGACAGGGAGACAAACUGGCAUUGCCCAUCUUGGCACAGAGCUGCACGAGGUUAAUGGCACUGCUGGAGCUGCGGCAGGAGAAAGUGGGUUUCAGAGGGACCAGUGAUCCUGCUUCUUCUUUGUGUGCCACCCUGACCCCCAAACAGAAUGCAUGUCUCCCAAGGCGGGGGCGUUUGGUGCUACCUAACCGGUGGGACGGUGCAGUGGCCAAGAGGCCGAAUCAAGAAAACGGUGGCUCAGAUCUCUUGGUGUGCACCUCGCACUCCGCUCCUCCCCCCCCCCCCCGCGAUAUCCCAAGGCCGGUGGCUCCCAGGAAGAGGGAGAACCAGAUGCUUUGAACAGUUGAAGCACAACAGUAUCCUAAUGAGAAAAGAUUUAUUUCCAAUCUUCUUACUGUAACUCUGGACUUCUGGAGAAAUUCACUGUUGCCACGUUCUUAUAAACGGUGUCUUGUUUGCUGUCGAGGCCACAAAGUCCCAACUGAAUUGGGGAGGGGGGAGCGGUCCUGGCUUUCGAGGGGGUGCUUGCAAGGCACCAUCGUUCCGUUUCCUGUCUCCCCCCCUCCCUCCCUUUAAACAGACCCUGGAAUUUAAAAGCCAUACUGCAAAUCCCCACUUUUGGGAGGCCGGACACUUUACUUCGAACUCGUGCCUUCUGGUUUCAAGGGGAAGGAAGGAAGGGCUGGGAUGGUUCCCGUCUCUGAAGGCAAAGCAGUUCCUCCAGCAAGCAAAGCCUAGAGCUGGGCUGCAGACCCUCCAACCACUUUUCAAGCAAGCCCCCUGGGACGUUCGUUCCCUGGAUCCUUCUCAAGAGGCUGAACGGCCCCCCACCCUCACCCACCCCCCCCAGUGGAGGAUUGCUUCGCUGUUUUGUUUACGCUGAAUUUCCACUCGCCUCGUGUUCUCCACGGAGGAUGGGAUGUCCUCCUAAUUUUGGAGAUUUGUUCAAGAGAAAUUUGCCACGUCAGGAAAACCUGGCUCAGUUUUCAUCUUUUGUCUUAUUCCGCGUGAUUCCCCUGCCGUCUUAUCACGGCCAGUUCAUCUCGUGUCUUAAGAACGGAGGAGGGAGUCCUAAAUAAUCAUGCGCACACUUGGGCAAUUAACUGUAAGGAGACCGGCAGCGGGGGCGGCUUUGUGGCUGCCAAACUUGGUAGAGAAUCUGGGCUCUCGUGGGGAGCACCCUGUGGGCUCCCAUCCUUCCCUCUGCAUCAUUACUUUCAAAUUACCUUCCCCCCCCCCCCUCCCUUCCUUCCCUCUCCCAAGAAGAGGCAGACUUGUUGAAGCCUCGUCGGUGUGAUCUGGUCCAAAGUAUUUGUGCAGUGGGAUUGAUUUCAAAACGUGAAAUCGCCUUUUUUUGCAAAGGUGGGGAAAAACAUCUCCGAAAUGAAAGCGAAUCUCAAGUGAUUUUGGCCGGGAAGUUAAUCUGCAGAAUUCUACUCCACCACUUAAUAAAACUUCCAAUUUUA